AUGGUCCAAGUUGGCUCUCAGACUGUCGGCCCCAUUGGCUUCGGCCUCAUGGGCCUCACCUGGCGCGCAACUCCCCCUUCCCAGGAACAGGCCUUUGAAACUCUGCGCGCGGCCCUGAAAAAUGGCUGCACCCUCUGGAACGGCGGCGAAUUCUACGGCAAGCCCGAGUACAACAGCCUCGUCCUGCUCGAGCGCUACCUCGAAAAAUACCCCGACGACGCGUCCAAAUUCGUCCUUAAUAUUAAAGGAGGAAUGAACCUGCAGACAUUCACGCCCGACGGCUCCGUCGAGGGCACUCGCCGUACACUCGACGACUGCAUCAAGCAGCUUAACGGGCGCAAGAAGAUCGAUCAAUUCGAGUUUGCGCGCCGCGACCAGACUGUCCCCAUGGAGGUUACGUUUGGCGUGUUGAACGAGUACAUCGAGGCCGGCAAGCUCGGCGGCGUGGCGCUGUCGGAGGUCCGUGCCGAGACGAUCCACGAAGCAGUCAAACAUACCAAGGUUGUUGCUGUGGAGGCUGAGCUAUCUCUGUUCGAAACCGGCCCCCUCGAGAACGGCGUCGCAGCCGCGUGCGCCCAGUACGGCAUCCCGCUGGUCGCAUACUCGCCCAUCAGCCGGGGCCUGUUAACCGGGCAAAUCCGCAAAUUCGACGACCUGCCCGCGGACUCGAUGCAAAGAAAAUUCCCUCGCUUCCAGCCGCAGAACUUCGAGAUUAACAUGCAGCUCGUGGCCAAGGUGGAGGAGCUGGCGCGCGCAAAGGGCUGCACGGCUGCGCAGCUGGCGAUCAACUGGGUGCGCUCUCUAUCGCGGCGCCCGGGGAUGCCGACCAUCAUUCCCAUCCCUGGCGCAACUACUGCAGCUCGCGUGGAGGAGAACUCCAAGGUGAUUGACCUGGGUGACAGCGAGUUGGCGCAGAUCGACGCCAUCUUGGCCAAGUUUACAACUGCGGGGGAGCGUUACCCUGCCGGCGCUCCUACCAAUACAUAG